CGAUGACACCUGCAAUCACCACCUUUUGUACACUAAAAAAAGGACGAACCCGCCCUGCGCCAGGGCCAACCCCUGCUGAGGGCCAUCCGGGAAUAGCAUCAUCCCACUCCACGCCUGUCAACCACGCCGGUCAAUCUGAUGAGAAGAGGGACUUUCUGCCCCCCUCCCCUCCCCUCACAUGCCACAAGAGCAUCGUGGCAGGCUCCCCAAGUCACUCAUUGACCAGACCCAGAGCAGCAGGAGGGGAUGGAAACAAUGAUUAGGACAGAAUAGGAAGCUAUUCAACGUUACAGUAUCCACAGUUGCCGUGUCCUCGAUACUAUGCUCCGUUUACCAACUGACACCCUGGGACAGGACGGAAAGAUCGAUGCAGCUCGGCCUCGCUCACGCCGCUUCCCGUUGCGAUUCAUGACAAAUGAUGCACAUCGAGGCCUCGUCCUUCCGAGUACGUGCGACGUGAUGCAGAACAACCGUGGCUUCCCGAAUGUAUUGUCGUCUAAUACAUCAUACAACCCGCUUUGUCCGUCCCGAGACACCUCAUCAUCCGAGGAAAGAAAGAAUACAAACCUCAAACUUUCUCCCGGCGAGGGAUUAAAGCAUGAAUAACAGCCACAGCCUUCGCCUGCCUUUCCCUGGACCUGCGAUGGAUGCAGUAGCAGUCACUUGCCACUGCAUUUGGAGUCCUCUUUCCAACCCCGUCACCCGUUCCCAGACACGAAAGACAUGUCAUGGCAGUGACCUAGCAUCAUCAGACAUGACCCCCCUGGUAAGAGAAGCAGUUUCAAACGAGCUGCCUCCUUUCCUUUCCCGUCGUUGACGUCUCUCUGUAGCAUCGCUGCCCUCUCCUGGGCUUUUAAGUUUUCUCUCGUCAGUUCCCAUCCUUUGCCCUCCAACUCAUCAACAACAACUCUUCAUCACCGCACUUUUGGACCUCUCCUCAUCACCUCGUUCUUCUAGUUCUCCCUGGAUUUUUUUUUUUGGUUCUCGUCAUUCGUUCUUCACUACCUUGGAACCUACCUCCACUCCCGACAUCUCACCAAGAUGACCAUUUCCCGCGCCCUCAAGGCCUUAACCGCCAUGACUUCCCUGAACCUGCAGAAGCACGCUCACUUCAAUCCGAGCCAGAACUUGGUUCUGGCUGACUGCGGCAUUGGUUCCAACCCAGAAAACCAGACUUGGUCUACCUCCCGCCAGAUGAACUGGUACCAGGGUGCUAUCUGGUCAACUCCCGCUGAGACCGAUCCUGCCCCUCCCGACCUGAUGGUUCAGAUGCCAUACGGCGACGGAACAUAUCCCUGGAACUUCCAUGGUGCCUCCGCCACCUUUUCCAACGGCGAGACCUGGUCCGCCUGGAUUGAAGAUGGCACCCUGGAGCUCUUGCGUGCCGGAAAGGCCAUGAGCACGAAGGACGGCGGUACCACUCUCUGGUGCUACACUUACCGAGGACACCCUGUCGGUUUGAGCGUCUCUGGCAACUCGACCUGCACCUCGGCCUUUGUCUGCAACCAUCUCGAGACUGGCCCUACUCCAUGGGCCCGAAUUCCCGGCGCAGGUGCUCCCGCAGACAACGGCACCGUCAUCACCGAUGGUCCAAGCAACUCAUCCGUCACCGGCGACACCUUGGCUGUCCAGAUCGAGGUCAGCCCCCGUCCCGCUGUCUGGUAUGGCACCAUCAACCACUUCCUGAGCAGCAUCCUUUUUACUAUCGAUGGCGUUUGCAGUCCCAACCCCUUUUCUAACCGUCUCAACUCGACUGUCACGGCCCGCUGCCAAGGAACCAACGAUACACCCCUCAAUUUCUUGCCUGUGCUCUUCAACGUCCUCAAAAACCUUGGAUCGCUCCCCGGUCCCAAUGGCUACUUCGUCCAUAACCACGGACCGGCCCCCUUUGCCAACGAUACCUCGGACGAUACCCUCACUCUUCCCACCACCUUCAACCUUACCGCCUACGACAUGGUGACAGGAGAGCUCAAAGGCUUCAUUGGCUACGAAAUGAAGUGGUCGGAGCCAGGCAUGGGCAUCCAUUGCAGCGAGUGCAACACCACCCAGUUCGACACAGACUACAACACGGCCGUUGCUUCGGCUUUCGAUGUGCUGUAUCCCACUUAUUCCCAGAUUGUCAUUGAGAGCAAGUGUACAUUUGACACUCUUUGUUGGUGAUGGAUUUUCAGACUCAGAUGAUUUGAAGGAGGGUAAAGGGGCCUCGGAUGGUAUGUUUUGGUUGUGUAUUGGUAAUGCGGAUGGUUUCCGGGGUGUGCUUGGCCUUUAUUGAUUACCUAUGGAAUAUAUAACCUUCCAGUCUGGCAUGUUUACCAGGCCGAAUCGAAGUUCUGUGUUU